AUAAUGAGGUCACCAUUCACGCGGGGUCACGUCACGUCCUUGAGGGAACAAAGGGGCCGAUUAAGAACGCUCGAACGAACGUCAGCGAACAACAGUUCUAUCGAACAUGGCGACGGCAGGGACAAGUCUGGUGUUUCGGCAGCUGUUUGAGAAGGAGAGCAGCACAUACACCUACCUGCUGGCUGACAAGGACACCAAAGAGGCCGUGUUGAUAGAUCCAGUGGUUGACACUGCCGAGCGAGAUGCUAAGCUGGUGAGCGAGCUCGGACUGAAACUGGUCUACGUAAUCAACACGCACUGUCACGCAGAUCACAUAACGGGUACUGGGAAGUUGAAGACCUUAGUGCCCGGAUGUAAGAGUGUGAUCAGCAAGGCGAGUUCAGCCAAGGCCGAUAUCCUCCUGGAGGAAGGUCAAAAGGUCACGUUUGGCAAGUUCUCAUUGGAGGUUCGUACUACUCCCGGUCACACAAACGGUUGCGUGACGUACGUCCUUUUGGACGAGUCCAUUCGCAUGGCCUUCACGGGGGACACGCUGUUAGUGAGAGGUUGCGGACGGACCGACUUCCAAGAGGGCAACCCGGCCACCCUGUACGACUCCGUCUGGGGGAAAAUCUUCACUCUCCCCGACGACACUUUGCUGUUUCCCGCUCACGACUACAAGGGGCAAACCAUGACCACGGUUGGUGAGGAAAAACGGCACAACCCACGACUCACACAGACCAAAGAAAAGUUCGUUGAGAUUAUGAAUAACUUGGGCCUGGCCUAUCCUAAACAGAUCGACAGGGCCGUACCCGCUAACAUGAUGUGUGGGUUACAAGACUGAAAUUAACCUUAAAUUCGCGUCAUGACGAUACGA